AUGUCUUUUAUUCUCCCGAAUUUCGGGAGUACAUAUGAACCCGCAUGUACCAUGUUAAUGAUUGCUAGGCUGGAACUGACCAUGAUCCCGAUUACAAUAUCUAGAGUCAACCAGUUUGACGCUGCGAGGCUUGAUGUUGAAAUGUCCGCCAUGUUGAAAGAGCAGUUAGUCAAAGUAUUCUCUUUGAUGAAGCCAGGACUCUUAUUUCAGUAUGAGCCUGAACUCGAUGCGUUCCUUGAGUUCCUCAUCUGGAGGUUCUCAAUUUGGGUAGACAAGCCAACCCCAGGGAAUGCACUCAUGAACUUGAGGUAUAGAGAUGAACGGGCAGCACCGAUCGCAGGAAAAGAGGUCAGAACAGGUUUAGAAGGACCUGGGCUUUCAGUUUCUCAAAAGAUCUUGUACUGUAUUAGCACUGUUGGUGGCCAAUACUUAUUGUCCCGAUUGCAAUCCUUUUCUGCUUUCCGUCGAUGGGGUGAUUCAGAACAGAGACCACUAGCACAUCGUGCUUGGGGCAUGGUGCAGCACGCUGAAGGACUAUACAGAGCUGUUUCAUUCUUUAACCUGUUGUCAUUUCUUUAUGGCGGAAGGUAUAAAACUCUUGUGGAAAGAAUUCUGAAAGCAAGACUUGUGUAUGGGAGCCCCAAUAUGAACAGAGCAGUAUUGUUACUAUUGCCUACGAACGCGCUCUGCGGCUACAAGUUCUUACAGAUGUGCACGCUGUAA